CCUGAAGCAACUGUCAUCCCCAAAAGAUCCUGACAGCAAGGCCAGCUGGGAGCCGGCGCUUAAAAGAAGAAUGUUAGCAUGUCUCCCUGCCUGCAACUUAAAUAUCUUCCAUGCAGUUCACAGGGUUUAAUUUUAGACUCCACAUGCGGCCGGAGCAAUUGGUUCCUGGCUGUAGUCAAAGCCAGAAGCUUCUCAGUGUGCUCUCUCCUGAGUCAUAAAUUGGACAGAAGUUGUCCUUCCUUUUGAUAUCAGCAGAAGAAAGAAGUUACGCAAACAUGUCAGACAGUAAAGACCUCGAGGAGCUCAAUGAAGAGGAUAUCGACGAGGAUGAACUCCUUGCUAUGCUUUCACCGGAGGAGCUUAAGGAGCUCCAGAGUGAGAUGGAUGUUAUUAUUGCCCCAGAUGAGAGGGUACCGGUGGGACAGAGACAAAAGGACCAGACGGAGAAGGCUCCGACAGGGACGUUCGACCAUAGAUCCCUGGUUGGUUACCUCUACUGGGAGAAAGAGUCCAACCGUAUGCUGGAGGAAGAAAGAGUGCCUGCUACGCUGCUGCCCAGUGAGAAAACUUUGAGGGAGGAAACUGAACAGAAGGACAAAGAGGAAGAAGAUGUGGAAUAUGAAGUGAUAGAGGAAAUCAUCGAGGAAGAAGCUGUAGAUGGUACGGAUGGAGAGGAAAUUAUAGAGGAGAUCAUUGAGGAAAUUGUUGAAGAGGUUGAUGAAACAGAUGAAAAGGACAAAGGAGUGGAUGUGAAAGAAGAAGAAGAAGAAGAAGAGGUGAAGUCACCUGUGAAUACAGACAAACAAGAAGAUCUUCCAGAAACUAACACAGAAAAAGUAUCAGAAAACAAUACAGAUGACAAUCUGCCUUUUUCAGACACAAAGGAGAAGAGCGUCAGCAUAGCCCCAAAACACAGCCCAUCACAAGUUGAAGAGAAGGAGGAAGUUAAACCUACUGACUCUUCGCUUCCCAAAGAGGCUCCAGAGGAGCCAGAGAUAAAUGAACCCAAUGAUAAGCUCCCGCAAAAAGAAGAGAGAAAAAUUAACAAAUUAAAUAUUCCAAAGCUGGCAUUCAAUAACAUAAAAAUGACAUCAAGACCCUCGGGAAAUGAGACGAACUUGGAGUCGACCCUUGACAAAAUACGCAACAACAACCCCUCCAUCACGGAGGUGAACCUCAACAACAUAGAAAACAUCCCCAAAGAAAUGCUCUUAGACUACGUCAACGCCUUGAAGAAGAACAAAAAUGUGAAAACCUUCAGUAUAGCCAACACGGGUGUCGAUGAAAACAUAGCUUAUAACCUGGCCAACAUGUUACGAGAGAAUCGCGGCAUCACGACUUUGAAUAUCGAGUCCAACUUCGUAACCGGGAAGGGCAUCGUCGCCAUCAUCCGCUGCCUCCAGUUCAACGAGACUCUGACGGAGCUGCGUUUCCACAACCAGAGGCACAUGUUGGGUCACCACUCAGAGAUGGAGAUCUCGCGCCUGCUCAAAGCCAACAAUACCCUCCUGAAGAUGGGCUACCAUUUCGAGCAGCCGGGGCCCAGGAUGGUGGUGACCAACCUUUUGACCCGGAAUCUCGACCGCCAGAGGCAGCUGAGGAAGGAGGAGCAGCGGCAGCAGCAGGUGAAGGAGCAGAGAGAGCUCAUGCAGAUGUACGAGAACAGUCUGAACCUGCCUCCUGGUUUACUGGAGAUGCUCGGCUACAUACCGCCUCUAGAACUCCUGCAGGAGCACGGGCUUGUCCCACCCUCGUCAGAACUGAACGCUGUCCCGCAAACGCAACAGCACACGGAACAGCACACGGAACAGCCACAGCAUCAGAAGAAGCUCAAACACAAGAGUGCUCCCAAACAAGCCAGCGCCGAACCAGCAAGCACAGUGAAGGAAGUCCAGCUGAAGAGAACUCCCAAGAAACGCGACCCUUUUCUGGACCUGGACCCAAGAGAUAACAAGGGACCAGAGAGAGCAAGUUUCCAACUGAGGAAGACUCCCAAAGGGAAAGAUGUAGGCAGUGGAGCGGCGAUGGAUGGAAAAGCAAACCUGACUGACGUGAUUAAGACUUUGAAGCCCGUCCCUCGCAGACGAUUGCCAGCUAAGGUUGACCUCACGCCACGUGAUGAACUUCUAACUGAGAUCCAAAAGAGCAACGUGGCCUAUCUCAAAUCUGUGCCGCUCCCUAAAGAGCUGGAAUCAAGUGAAACGAGUCUCCUCUGAGGCGGCAACUUCAGCUCUUUGUUUUUCUCACAAUACUCUAUGUUUAUUUUACACCUAUUCUCAAAUGAAUUAUGCUAAAAAAAUGAGUGAACCGUACUUUCAUUACACAAAAAAAAUAUUGGCUGGUUGUUGUUCCACUUUUGUGUUGUUAACACUCUAAAUGCUGUUGUCUUUAGGAAGUCGUAACAAUAACGGUAUAAAAAUGAAGAACACCCUAUGUUCAAUUUACAUUUAAAUGUAUAACCUUUGAUCAUUUGCAUAUUUCUUAAUAUUUUGUGCUAAAAAAUAGAUUUUUAAAGUAGGUUUGUUUGAUUAAAUGUUAGAUAUUUGCAUUUUGCUAUUAAACAAUCUUCCACUCUUUAA